UGGACUGUGUCGCAUAAUGUUGACGUCAAAGAACGCUUUGUAGCAACGUGUACCACACGAGGACUAGAGUGCUAAUCUCGAGCGUAUUCAGCCGUCAUGGGAAAACAGAAGAAACAGAAAAAAUUUGCUGCCAUGAAAAGAAUGAUCAGUUUAAAGGAUCAGAGGAUAAAAGAACAGGACAGGGCAAAAACACAAAAGAAGAAGAAAGAAGAUCCCUCAGUCAUUAAAGAACAAGAAGUAGCAAAAUACCCAUCUUGUAUGUUCUUUCAAUACAACACCCAGCUUGGACCUCCAUAUUACAUCCUUGUUGAUACCAACUUUAUCAACUUUUCUAUUAAGGCCAAAUUAGAUGUUGUCCAGUCAAUGAUGGACUGCCUCUAUGCUAAAUGUGUCCCUUGCAUAACAGACUGUGUGAUGGCUGAGCUUGAGAAAUUAGGGAUGAAGUAUCGAGUGGCUUUGCGGAUUGCCAAAGAUCCCCGCUUUGAUCGAUUACCUUGCUCACACAAAGGAACGUAUGCUGACGACUGCUUGGUGCAAAGAGUAAUGCAGCACAAAUGUUACAUUGUGGCCACAGUGGACAGGGACCUAAAAAGGAGGAUUCGGAAGAUCCCAGGAGUCCCCAUCAUGUACAUUUCCAAUCACAGGUAUAACAUUGAGAGAAUGCCAGACGAUUAUGGUGCACCACGGUUGUAGAACACAGAUGUUUGUGGGGUUUUUUUUUUAUUUUUGUUAUAAGAAUUUGUUUGGUGGAGAUCCCCCACCUUCUACCUUUAAAUGAUUUCCCUUGUGAAUAUUGUUCAGAACUCAGUACAAUAAAGUUUUUGGCUGCCCA